AAUCUUUGAGGAGAAAUUAAACUCAAUUCUCAAACUAUUAGCUGUCAUGAAAGCGAACAUUUGCAAGUUUAACGAAUAUCUUCACAGAAGUAGGGGUUAGCGUGUUUAGCUGAGAAUCCAUGGAGCAGCUUAUCUACAGAUGCUCGUCCUCCUUUCAGCAGGGUCGAGGAGGGUAUGCCGGAGGAAGGCAAACUGUGUAGGCCGGAUGUCACAAUUGGCCCUGCGUUCCGGAAUAACGGAAUCUUAUACACCACAAGCUCAUAGGCCAAGGAGACGGAACUCAUCGCCGAGGCAACGCGCAGCUCAGCGUAUGCCACGACUUAGCCUUCCACUGGGCAGGAGUUCCGAAGAAAACGGGUGAUGGGUGUGGAGAAGCUGGUAAUUGUUGGUGGAGGUUAUGGUGGAGUGGAACCUUUGCUAGAGGGCUAAGUGUUUACGGAUGGUGGUUGUCUUCCGUCCAUACUGAUGCUUUUAAGGAUGACGACAGCGGCGGUACAGGGACUGGGGCUCUUGGUGAGGAGGCAGUGUGGCGCGGAAAGGAAGAGAAAGCAGCGAGGAGGUGGUGAUGAUUCCUGGGACGUGAGGCGCAGACGGUUGCGAGGUGAAGGGUGAGGCAGGGCGUGGUGGUGGUAGUGGUGGUGGUGGUGGUAGCCAGUAAAUGAAUGAGUGUGCUGCAGCAGGUGUGGGAGUCGGACGGCGGCGAGAGCGGGCAAGCCGGUGUAGGGGAAACUGACACACACGCGCACGCCGCCCACCCGCCAGUACGCACUAAAUGGUCGUCACGCGCAGACGCUUCGACACAUCCUCUCGCCUACCGUCUCACUUGGGGCCCCACCGCCCUCAGCACCACCCGCGCCACCCCUGCCCGGCACGGCUUACAGCCAGCCUGACUAUCACAACUUGACGAACACUGAGUGAUGCCCACGUGACCAACGCGAUUCUGAAAUGAUUCUUAGAAAACGUUGCGUGUAGUGUUUGUUGCAACUACUUGUAGACGUGCAUUUUCCACGGUGGAGUGGUGUGGACGCACGUGGGCGUGCGUGGGCGUGGGUGUACGUACGGGCGAACGUGAAGAAUGGAGAGUGGGGGUGACGUGAUGCCCCUCGACCUGUACGAGCACAUGGUGACGGAGGAUGCUUCAGGAGGCGCCAGCCCCGGCGUCUCUUCCACCUCCAACCAAGCCUUCCUUAUGGACAACUGGGUGCACCAGCUGUACGAGCAGGUGUGCAUGAUGAGUGGAGGUGGGUCGGGCGAGGGUGGGCCGGGGGUGGGGCACAUUAAGCAGGAGGAUGGAGGCUAUGGCGCCGCCCCCACCACCCACCCCCGCGCCAGACAACUCUCCUGCUCCUCCCCCAACACCACCGCAGUCUACUCCCCCACCACCACCGCCAUCCCCUCCGAGCUGGACUACAGUGAGUGUGGAGAUGAGGCCCAGCCUUCACCUAAACAUAUGAAGCUCUUCACAGACUCCCCACCCAGCCCGGACCGCCAGUUCUGUUCCUCCACCACCUCCAUGACCAGUGACUCCACAAACACGCCUUCCGAGAGUUUAAGGGAAGACGAUGGUCCCAAGAGGUCGUGUUUGGUGUGUGGGGACAUUGCUUCUGGUUUUCACUACGGUGUAGCAUCCUGUGAAGCCUGUAAAGCCUUCUUUAAAAGAACCAUCCAGGGUAACAUCGAAUAUACAUGUCCAGCUGCCAAUGACUGUGAAAUCAACAAAAGAAGAAGGAAAGCAUGUCAAGCAUGCCGGUUCCACAAGUGUCUUCAUGUAGGCAUGCUCAAGGAGGGUGUGAGGUUAGAUCGAGUGAGAGGAGGGCGACAGAAGUACAGGAGGACUACAGAGUCUCCAUUCUCUUUGCAACAAAUGCCUGUAAAAAAAGUUUCUUUAGAAGAUAAUAAAUUGCUGAAGUCUCUUAUAUCAUGUGAGCCAGACUCUCUGUAUGCUUUAUCAGACGUCACCGUAUCUGAUGCAGAUUUUCAUACUAUAUCCACACUUGCCGACCUCUAUGACAGGGAGCUGGUGUCCACCAUAGGAUGGGCCAAGCAAAUUCCAGGGUUCACUGAGCUAGCACUGAAUGACCAGAUGCGACUGCUACAGAGUACAUGGGGAGAGAUCCUAAUACUGGGCUUAGCCUACCGCUCCAUGCCUGCCCAUGCGCACACACUUCAGUUUGCUCCAGACUUCAGCUUAGAUGAGAAGCAAGCAAGAGAAUGCAAUGCAACAGAACUUUUCACUCAAGUGCUAGGAGUUGUUGAGCGGCUUGAGCAGUGUGGCAUCAACAGGGAGGAGUUUCUGCUGCUGAAGGCUCUUGUGCUGACUAAUUCAGACGUACGCCUUCAAGACAACCAGGCCCUCCAGCGGUUAAGACAAAAUAUUUUACAGUCCUUGCAUGAUGCUGUUGCAACAAUCAGGCUACGUGAUGCAGUUGUACAGAUGCAGUCGCUAUUACUGUGUUUGCCAUCACUUAGAGCAGCUGAUGCAGCACUGAGGAGAUACUGGCUCUCUGUGCGUCACCAAGGUAGUGUGCCCAUGAAUAAGCUCUUUGUGGAAAUGUUAGAAUCACAUAUGCGGUGAACUUAUUUUUCCUUCACGGAUAAAAUGGAGAAGAAAAGGACAUAAUACUUUAACUGAUUGUUCAGUGACAGGGAUGCAAGAGCUGGUGAAGGACAAAAACUGAAAGUGGAAAGAAAAUAUAAAACAUGCAAGUGGUUGGCAUGAUGGUCCAACUGUGACCAAAAAGGUUUUCUUGGUUUUAUGUCUUCCAAGAGUUAAGUUGAAGUACAAGUUAUGCAUGACAAGUUAAAGGCUUUACCCCUUUGAUAAUCUGACCAAAGGUGGUUUUAUAAGAGAGGCUAAUAGUCUGUCAAGUGCUGUUUGAGAGCCUACAGACUGGAAAGUUGUACAGAUAAAUCAAGAGGAAAGCAACCAUACAUAUUACAUCUCCAAGUUCAUGAAGUAAUUUUUUUCAAUAAAGGAAGCCUGCCAUGUUGCCAUACACUCAGGUAUUGUUGGCACUUGUGUUCAGCCCGAGAAAGAACAGGUCUUCAGGUCUCUGUAAGAUUCCCAACCACAUUUGAGCCUGUGUACAUGCAUGUUAAUGAAUGUACUCCCACCGAGAUACACUAAUGGCAAUGAUGCCACCAUACACAAAUAAUUGAUAUGGCCAGAUUUUUUCACCAUUAACAAAACUACACAAAAAAAUUGUUGUUUGGGAAUAUCGUAUUUGACACAAAACAGAUACUAGGCUCACGUUUGCUGAUCUCGCCUCGCUUGUUGGCAGUUGACUCAGGACUAGUACCACUCCAGUUGUGUGUUUCAAAACUCAAAGUCGCUGCUAGAAACCUAUGUUGAUAAAAUGUAUAUAUUAUUCUUUGUAUCUCAAGGCAUAGGCCUAUGUAACAGUACAACUGCUUAUGUAAGAGAAAUCAACAAAAAAUGUGUGUUGUCUAUUUCUAAUAAAUGUGAAAGUUGU